AUGUCCUUAUCCUCCUUAUUCUCCGCCAUCACAGGCCACAGAUUCAACAGUAAACUUCCAAACUGGAUUGCCUGGGGCUUUCUCUGCCUCUUCCAAGCCUGCAUUACUUUUGGAAUUGAAGCAAUGAUCAGAGCAGGAUUCCAACCAUUAGAAAACAUCAGUGGAAUUGCAAAUUGUACUUGGUUGAAAAGAAUCCUCCUUUUCAUUGGAAUCUAUGACCAGAUGAUUCUUUGGAAAACAAUGCUUGUGAAGCCGGUUGUGGAUGACACAAUCUUCGAUGGAGAGACAAAGGAAGGAGGCAUGGAGAUGUUUGUGAUGGGAUUAUCAUUCAGUGGAUUGUGGCAGUUGCUUCUGCAGAGGGAGGUAGAGCCUCUUUUUUGGGUUUUGGGAAGGGGGGGAUUGAGGAAUGGACUAGAUUGGUGCGACUUCAUCCCUUGGUUGGUGACCUUUGCAACUUUACUGACUGGUUUUGUGAGAGCUGUGAAAGUUAUUGUCUGGCAAUUAAGUGUAUUGCUACAGUUUAUCUAUUGUAGGGUAGAGCAAGAAGCUGGUAGGCUUAAUUCGGAAGACAAUGAAGUGUGA